AUGUCCACUGAAUUGACUGUUCAAUCUGAAAGAGCUUUCCAAAAGCAACCACACAUCUUCACUAACCCAAAGUUCAAGACUUCCAGAAGAACUAAGAGAUGGUAUAAGAACGUCGGUUUAGGUUUCAAGACCCCAAAGACUGCCAUUGAAGGUACUUACAUCGACAAGAAGUGUCCUUUCGUUGGUAUGGUUUCUAUCCGUGGUAAGAUCUUAACCGGUACCGUUGUCUCCACCAAGAUGCACCGUACUAUUGUCAUCAGAAGAGAUUAUUUACACUACGUUCCAAAGUACAACAGAUUCGAAAAGAGACAUAAGAACGUUUCCGUCCACGUCUCUCCAGCUUUCAGAGUUGAAGUUGGUGACAUCGUUACUGCUGGUCAAUGUAGACCAAUCUCUAAGACUGUUAGAUUCAACGUCUUAAAGGUUGCUUCUUCUUCUAAAUCUAAGAAGCAAUUCUCUAAAUUUUAA